AUGGCUAAGUACUUGCUCGCCUUAAUCUGUAUUACUUUACUAAUCUGCGGAAAUGUGAAAGCUGAACUCCCAACAGAACUGGAUCCAUUUAUGGAUAAAUUGUUCGAAACAGAAGAAUGUGAAGACUUCAUUUCGGGAGAUUUCACACCUAUAGGCACUUCACAAUGUCUUCCUUUCAACUGUGAUUUUCCGAGACAAUUAUGCGUUCGACCAGCAGCUAAGUCAAGUGAUUCAUCAGCGAAUCAAUGCAGAACUAUCCCAACAGCGUGUAUAACAUCAGCUAAUGGUGGCGUGCCGUUGGGCCCAGCGACGACAACAUCGCCGCCCGUACAAACCAAACCGGGAGGUGGUGGUGGACGGGGUCAAGGAGGAGGCCAACGAGGAGGACGUUUGGUCAAAGGAAUGAAGCAAGGGCGAGGAGGUGAAAUGCCAAGCCCAGAAAUAACAAAUGAAAUCUGUGAGAUGGGAGCCCCUAUGGGUAGAUUCUGUGGUUUCAAAGUCAUGUACACCUAUAACAAGGAAACGCGGAAGUGCGAUGAAUUCUGGUUCCCGGGUUGUGUUACACAGGAAACCAAUGCUAACCUCUUUGAAGAUUUGGUGUCUUGUCAAAAAAUUGUAAAAAUGUGUAGAUUAUCUCAUGGAGCCACAUCAGCUCCAGAACCACCACCACCGCCACCAAUGACUCCUCUUCCGCCAACUCCUCCACCUGUGCCUACUCUACCUCCGUUUAUUCCACCUCCUCAACCUGUUCCCACAGGGCCUAGAAAUGGGGGUUGGGGUGGCAUGAAUGGACUUGGAGGAGCUGGAGGAGGUGGCCACGGAAAUGGUGGUGGAGGUGGUCAUAGAGGUGGAGGAAACAAGAAUGGAGGUGAUGGAGGAAAUUUCGGAGGACUAGGAUCGCUAGGAGGAAUGUUCGGAGGAAAUGGUGGAGGCGGCAAUGGAGGAGAUAUUGGUGGCCAAAAACCUAAGAAUGGAAAUGGGGAGGAAGAAGAUCUGGGAUUGUUUGGAUUAAUUCAAAAAGGACUUGUGUCUGCACAAGCCAUCAAGCAAGGUGGACCGAAGGGAAAGGAAGCUGCCGCCGCUGCUGCUGGUCAACUACUUCAGCAAUUCACAGGCUUCGAUCUCAAUAAUAUCGGCGGCAACUUCGGUAAUUUCUUUAAUGGCCGAUAA